CCAUGCAAGAAAGCAUACAUUUUGCUUCAUCAGGAGAUGACAUUAAAAUAUGGGAUUCUUCAUCUCUAACUGCGGUGGAGCAGUUCAACCCACACACACCCUCACAUCCAGUCAGCUCGCUAUGUUGGUCCAGCAAUAAUAAAUACCUGGCCACUGCUUCUGCUGCUGGUGAUAAAAUAGUUGUUUCAAGCUGUAAAAGCAAACCUGUUCCACUCUUUGAAAUAGCUGAAGGAGCAAAACAGACGUGUGUGAGCUUGAAUUCUAGUUCUUCGUAUAUUGUGAGUGGAGGCCUUGAUAACACAGUUAAUAUCUGGGACCUGAAAUCCAGAAAGGUUUACCGUAGCCUUAAGGAUCAUAAAGAUGAAGUGACAUGUAUCACAUAUAAUUGGAAUGAUUGCUACGUUGCUUCUGGAUCUUUGAGUGGUGAAAUUAUCCUACACAGUGUUACCACCAAUUUAUCAAGUACUCCCUUUGGUUAUGGCAGCCGUCAGCCUAUUCGACACUUGAAAUAUUCAUCCUUUAAGAAAUCCUUGCUGGGCAGUGUUUCUGACAGUGGAAAUGUAACUCUGUGGGAUGUAAAUAGCCAGAACCCAUAUCAUAAUUUUGAAAAUACUCAUAAAGCACCAGCUUCAGAAAUCUGCUUUUCUCCAGUCAAUAAGCUGCUGCUUGUAACUGUAGGUUUGGAUAAAAGAAUUAUUCUCUAUGACACUUCAAGUAAAAAAUUACUGACAACAAUAGUAGCUGAUUUUCCUCUGACAACGGUGGACUUCAUGCCUGAUGGUACUACUUUGACUAUAGGAUGUUCCCGGGGAAAAAUCUGCCAGUAUGACUUAAGACAACUGACAUCACCAGUGAAAACAGUUAUGGCUCACAAAGGCUGUGUGAAAUGCAUACGUCUUCAGUUCAGUAGCACUUUUUCCAAGUCUAACCUUACAGGUUCUUCAAAUAAGCCUGUAUCCAAAAGAGUAGAAGUCAAAGCUGGUAGUAAUCUUGGAGGAAUUCAAAAUAUUGGCAUCAAAAACAUUGCCUCUCAAGCAUCAGCAACAGUUUCACCCCAUCUGACAUUGCCAAAUGAGAGUAAGGGAGGAGAGGUUCUUCAGGAGAAAACAGGCUUUCCCCAUAGUUGCAGCUUGGAUGUGAUUCCAUCUAAAGAAACAGAUCAUGGCAAAAGCGCUGAUUUACGUAAUUUUGACAAUUUGAGCCGAAGUAGUUUAGGAGAUAUGUUUUCUCCAGUCAGAGAUGAUACUAUUGCAAAUAAACUGGAUGAAGAUCCUCAAGGAAAAGGAGAUGGUAAACAUACUUUCAGUCUGGAUGUUCAGUCCUACCUUUUGGGUUUGGAUUUUCUCCCACAGGUCACCACUGCCUUACAAGCAAAAAGAAACCCAGUGGGCAGUAGUGCACAUGGGAUAAGGUCCAGUCCAUUACAUGCACUUGUGGGAUCUCCAAUUAAAGAAGAAGAACAUUCAGAAACUGAUAAUAAGAAAAUAAAUCUUGGAAAACAAGAAUCUAAAGAAGUCUUAAAGCAGCUUUCAAAGUCGAGCUCAUCAAGCACAGAGUCUGUAACUUUAAGUCCUCCGCCAUCAUCCACUGCUGUAAAGGCUCCUGAUACAAAUGAGAGACUAAUGAAAAACAUUGAGGCCCAUCCUGCAUAUGACCUACCAGUAAAUGGUACUACCUCAACAAGUCCAAAGAUAACAUCACCUGUAACUGCUGGAGUUGCAAGUUCAUUGUCAGAAAAAAUAGUAGAAACCAUUGGGAGUAGCAGACCAAACGCACCUCUGACAUCAAUCCAAAUUAACUUCAUUCAGAAUAUGAUACAAGAAACAAUGGAUGACUUCAGAGAAGCAUGCCAUCGAGAUAUUGUGAAUUUGCAAGUGGAGAUGAUCAAGCAGUUCCAUAUGCAGUUGAAUGAAAUGCACGCUUUACUUGAAAGAUAUUCUGUAAAUGAAAGCUUAGUAGCUGAAAUUGAGAGACUACGAGAGGAAAACAAAAGACUGAGAACUCACUUCUGAGAGAUUUACUCUGCUAAUUUUAUUAGCAUGAACUCGCUACAGGCGGUGGUUGCUUAUGACAGAUCAUCCAUCAUGACUGAAGUAUUGUAUGAAGACCUGCUAUUAUUUCAAACAUGAGUCUUUUCUAAAUAAAUGGUGUGAGAUACUAUAUGUAAUUAUAAAAUUUGUAACAGAUAAAUGCUGUAUAAAGAAUGUUUGCAUACUCAUGCUAACCACCUUGAAAUGCAUCCUUCUAACAGAAAAACUAAAAGGGUAAGUACAUAAUCAGAGUUUUAGCAAUAUGUGAAGUGCCUUUUUAUAAACAAAAUCAAACCAGGACGGAUGCCUUUUUCUGUAAGAAUUUUUUGAUAUACCUACUUUUUUAUCUGCUUCGUUAUUUUACUG